CUGGCUGGCUGUGAGCAGUCAGACUAGGCCCAAGACUGGAAGCGACGCGGAAAUGGGGGCGGCGGCCGCCGAGGCCGACCGCACUCUGUUCGUGGGCAACCUGGAGACGAAGGUGAUGGAGGAGCUCCUCUUCGAGCUGUUCCACCAGGCUGGGCCAGUAAUAAAGGUGAAAAUCCCAAAAGAUAAAGAUGGCAAACUGAAACAGUUUGCAUUCGUGAAUUUCAAACACGAAGUGUCCGUUCCUUACGCCGUGAGUCUUCUCAAUGGAAUCAAACUUUUCGGGAGGCCUAUCAAAAUUCAGUUUAGAUCAGGAAGUAGUCACGCCUCUCAGGAUGCCAGUGUGUCAUAUCCCCAGCAUCAUGUUGGAAAUUUAAACCCCACAUCCACAUCUCCUAACAGCUAUGAAAGGACGGUGGGUAACGUGACUCCAUCAGCGCAGAUGGUUCAGAGGUCCUUCUCUUCUCCAGAAGAUUAUCAGCGGCAAGCAGUAAUGAACAAUGUUUUCAGAGAGAUGUCUUAUGUUGGGAAAUUUGGUUCUCCACAUGCAGAUCAGUCGGGAUUUUCGCCAUCAGGUCAAUCACACGCUCAUACCUUUAACCAGUCUUCCAGCUCCCAGUGGCGCCAAGAUGCACUGUCAUUACAGCGUAAAAGACAGAAUUCUCACCCCUACCUAGGAGAUAGACACUAUAGCUGUGAACAACGCUACUCUGCCCAUGGGUCUGACUAUCAUUACAGAGGAGGCCGAGAGGAUUUCUACUAUGACGACAGGAAUCCUAAUGGCUGGAGCCAUGACUGAUAACAUAGGGACAGUAGUAGAGGUGGGAAAUGGCCCUCAUCUUGACACUAACAAGCAUUCCAAGGACAUUGUUUACAGGGCCAUUUUAGGCCCUUUUAAUUAAGUCGUUCUGGAAGUAUUUCUAAAAACUGUACAGAGUAACCCCACAAUUUUCCACCUGUCUUUGAAAAAAGAAAUUUGAACCCAGCAGCAGUUUCAUAGAGAACUGGAACUGUGGCUCCACAUUUGUUACUUCAAUUACCUUCCCUCAGGGUUUCAGA